AUGACAACCACGGUAGCUGAGUAUCUAACCUGGGCCCGUCAAAACCCGGACGUCAAUUACCCACAGUUUCUAAAGAUCCUCAAGUGCCGAGUACGCGAAACGGCUAAACUGGCCAAUAACAAGCACUGGGUGGAAUUUCAAAAUCUAAAGGCCUCUCUGGGCAGCGUGGAGUAA